AUGGAGCGAGCCGACAGACGACUGUUGAAGAACCAACCGUUCGACGAAAGCGUUGAUGUCAGCGACUCGGCGGAGGAGACGAGCGUUCGCGUCCAGGUAUUGAGGGCCGAGCUCGGGAGAAACAGGAGAGGUCGCGGCAUGAUGUCCAACCACAGCAGCGGCGACGAGAUGGACGAAGACCGAGAGCCCGUGAGGGCCAAAGAUCUGAUGGGAGGUCAGGCCGGGGUCAGUCCUAACGAGGAGGACGACGAGGAUGAAGAAGAAGACGCCGACGAUUCGGAGGACGAUGAUGACGAGUCGACGAAGGACCCCGAGGGGAUGUACGACCCGGCUGACUACGACAACCUCCCCGUCAGCACUGAGAUCAAAGAGUUAUUUCAGUACAUCGUGCGGUACUGCCCUGAGUCCAUCGAGCUAGAAUACAGCCUGAGACCCUUCAUCCCGGAUUACAUCCCUGCCGUGGGCGACAUCGACGCCUUUCUAAAGGUCCCGAGGCCGGACAACAAACCGGACGGGCUCGGCCUUCUGGUUUUGGACGAGCCCAGCAUCAAACAGUCCGACCCCACGCUGUUGUCGUUGUGGUUUUCCGAGGAAACCAAGCAGCACGCCACCAGCGAGCUCAAGGUGACCAGCGUCUCCAGUCCCCAGUCCAAUCCACGCGCCGUGGACAGCUGGGUGGAGAGCAUCGGCGCCCUGCACCGCUCCAAGGCGGCGGCUAGCGUGCAGUACGCGCGCGCCAUGCCCGACAUCGACGCCCUCAUGCAGGAGUGGCCGCCAGAGGUGGAGGAAACCCUCGGUCGCGUUCAGCUGCCCCCCGCCCGUCUCUCCUGCAGCCUGCCGCAGUACUGCGAUAUCGUCUGCGCCCUGCUGGACGUCCCCGUGUACUGCAGCCGUAUCCAAGCUCUGCACUUGCUUUUUAGUCUUUUCCUGGAGUUCAGAGACUCGCAGCACUUUGCGCGCACCUGA